AUGGCUGCUGGUGGCCCGAGGCGAGCGAUUCCCAUUCAAGGCAAGGCAAGAUUUCGAGGAGGAUGGGUGGAAUGGGAUAUUCUAGAGGCCAAUAGUCGCUGCAGUCCUUCGUCUCUUUCUGGUUUAGACGCGGCUGGACACGGGCUGCAGCCGCUCGGGCUUCUCCACGGGUUCUGCCACUCGCGAUCGAUGGAGAGUGAACUGGUGAAGAACUACUCUACCAUCGCCGCUUUGCCCGCUCAGCCGUCCCUUGAAGAACAGAGGUCUCUCAAGAGGUCGACCCUUCAGGCUGUAAACGGGAUGUCAUUGGGUCUGUUUAUUUCUAAUUCCUACGUACCAUCCCCUGGCCCUGUUGACGCCCGUGACAAUCCCGCUAAUGGCUGUGAGGCAAAUAGUCGUGCACAGGGCAUCAGUCUCCGCCAUGGAAAUGCAAUCCUCAACGCAUAA